UGUCUAUGUUUUUAGGCUUUUGUGGAAUGUGUCUCAUUCCAUGCCGUUACGCGAGUGGAUCCUGUGCAGGAUAACUUCUGCAUGUCGUGAAAGCGUAAAAAGAGAAUAGAACUUGAGUAAAGAAUGGGAAACAUAGUCAAAGACUGGCUUCAUUCCCUGAAGCUGCGGAUGUACGCGGAAUCCUUCAUUGAGAAUGGCUAUGACGACCUCGAAAUCUGCAAGCAGAUCGGCCCCGCUGACCUAGACGCUAUCGGGGUUUUCAACUAUGCCCACAGAAGCGCAAUAUUAGAUGCGGUGCGUCUGAUGCGUGAAGAAGGUGCUGCGUCGGUUUAUUUCACAUUGGAAGAAGUUUUGAAGAAAGGUGGCAAGUGUGAUUGUGGAGCUGGACCAAAUGAUCCGUGUAAGUGUCGCAUUAGUGAGGAAAAAUCGGACGAAGUGGGUCAAACGAAGGACGGCUCUCCUGUGCGUCACCGGAUGCACGAGCAAGAUUUGCAAGCAACGAUCGAGAAGUUGCUUUAUCAAGAUUGCAUUGAUUUAUCCGUGCCUCCGUACACGCGAUCGGAUGGGAAAGCUGGUACUAUCGAAGGCCUGGCAUCCCGUUACGCGGAUCAACUGCAGACCUUUUACGCCGAUGUUUUGGAUAAAGUCGAACUAAUCCGCGGGCAAGUGUGGGCAAAGAAGGCAGAAAGUCUCCGUUCUCGUCGUCGCAUGGCCGAACUGAGCGAAGCCACGAAAGCUCAAAAACCGCAGAACACCGAGGGAGCUGCCAGUUUAUCUUCAGUCGAAUCUAUUGCGUCGGACAAAGCCCGUGGGAAGCCAUCUGAUGAGUCCGAAAAUGGCUUGGGCUCAUCGUCGGCCGCUUCUUCAUUAGCAGCUUUGCAAGUGGAGUCUCAUGAGAAGCCGAGUAAUCAAGAAAGUGGUCGCGAUAGCAGCAAUUCAGAUGGGUUUUACAAUCCAGGAAAAUAUAUGCCAUCUAGUUGCUUGAGUGAUGCAGAGGGAGAAGAGAUAUAUGGAUACCGGUACAGCUUGUUGAUGCCGGGUUGUCGACCACCUCCUGUGCAUACCUAUACUGGAACUUCGGAUGUCUGCUGUCCAGGCAUGGGAAUGCCAUCGUACAGUCACGAACUUCUGAGUGCUCCAUGCUUCUGUAACUGUGGAGACCCGAAUUCGGCUGGUCCACUGGACGAUCGUCGUGCACCUGUGGAACCUUGUGCUUGCGUGCACUGCGUAGCUAAAGCCCCGCAACCCGUGGCCCACGCCAUCAACAAAAAAACAAGAAACUCGACACUUUCGCGGUUUUUCAGGACUCUUCGGGUAGCAAAAAGGGGCUCGAAUUCCAAGAAAGCGGAAGCCUCUCAUUUUACUACCUCCAACGGAUUUGAAACCGUGGCUGCGGAUCCGUUAAUUACUCCAAUGCCUCCAACGCUUCCCGUGUCAUCUUUGCAAAAUACGUGUCUUCCACCUUUACCUCAUGAGAGAAAACCAGUUGCGAAUGCAACGAGAGAUGAUUAUCAUCCGUCGGAUGUGUCCAGUUCUGGAUCGUCGUGUGCGAGUGGAGGACCUCUGUCGGAAAGCCGAGAAACUGUUUUGACGGGUUCGAAAUCCGAAGGUGCCAAGGCAGAGGAAGAGAAGGAUGAUGGUAAACCCGGGUUGGGGGCACCGAAUCGUCAGCAGCAGGGUACUGGUGGGAAAGAUGAGCAACCCGCUGAACCGGACUCGCGCCGAUUGUUUCGUCAAGCGCAUUAUCUGUCGGGAUACCUGAGCGAAAUGGAUGCGGAUGAUGUUUACCGUUACCGAUGCAGUUACAUCUCGCCUUCACCGUUGCGUCUCUCUUCAAACAAUCCAGCAGCUUAUUCAUCAAUGGGAGAUAUCUGCUAUCAAGUUGGUUUACGGGGCUAUGAAUCCGAGCUUCGAAGUCCGUGUAUGCCUCCUGCUUGUUAUUGUGGUUAUCCUCUGGGAUGUGGAGAUCAUGCUGCUUCGAUGAAUCCUUGUCAAAACCCUCCAAGAUCCACUGCGGGAAGACCGUCGCACGCGCCGCAGGGCAACAUUUGCCUUCAUCCCAUGCAAAUUCAAGGAAGGAAUGCAACCUCAGGAAUGCAACAAUGCAUGCACCCUCAUUUGCAUGCCGCUGGAGCGCAUAAUGCUUUGUGCGCAUCAAAUUCAGGGGCUCAUCCUGCGACGAAGAAACGCAAUUCCGCCUUAGCGCGGAUUUUCCCAACGCUUCGUGCUUCGAAAAAAGGCCCCAGUGGUGUUAAAAGGGGGAAGCAGCAAAAAACCGCUGGGGAAACUGAAGGAUUCCGACGAUGCCCUGAUGAUACUGUUGCUGCAGAUCCUUUGAUCCAACCUACGAUUACUGACUGGAAUGAAGCCCCGAGGAUGCCAUUGAGGAAUUUAAAUUAUGCAUUGGAUGCCUGUGAUGACAGACAUUCUGAUCCAGGCACGCAUGAUGGGCAUCAUUACGCCGUGCCAAUGGUUGGGGCUCCUGCCCAAAUGAUGUCCUGUACUGGUUGCUCUGUUGAGCCAAACGUCGAGUACUAUCCGUCCGGAAGGAUAAGCAUCAGUGAGGCUGUUCAUCGGUAUAAGGAGAUUGAAAGAAAGAAGAAAGAAAAAUAUCCUGCGUCGCACGUCCAACAGCAACAACAUCAUCAUCAGCACCAGCAGCAACGCUUGCCCGUUUCGAAUGCGGCUGUUUCGCCUGUAGCGCACGAACGCACUGACUCUGAUUCUACCUCCAAUUUCAGUUCCAUGAAUCCUCCUAGCAGUCCACCUUCCGAGUCUGGAUCGAGCACGCAUCCGUUAUUGCCUCCCAGCAGUGGAAGGAGUUCCUUUUCUGAGGACCGCAUGUCCGUGUUUGGAGCUGACAGGAGGAAGCGUGACGGUAGUGGUAACGCAGCCACGAGAACCAAAGGAGUGUGGAGCUAUCGUAGAACUGCUUUGGAUGACACAGCGAGUCCACCUCCUUCGCCUGCACCAGUUUCUCCGCCGCAACAGUCUCCGAAUGGAAAUAUUACACCUAUUGCGUAUGCCAAGGCUUUGCGUUCGUCGAGAUUUGGAAGCGCUGUUCCAGGGAUGCAGCAACAAGGAAGGCUGGAAUUUCAGAAAGGAGACACGAUCGAAGUGUUGUGGUCGAACGGAACCGGGGAAUGGAUGGGUAGAUGCAUGGGAAAAAUGGGAUGGUUCCCAGCUUCCCUGGUGAUGCUAAUCUCGCCCAUCAUCGGAGUUGUGGAAUCGUGUGUCGCUUCUUCUCUUCUAAUUAGCUUUAAAUUCGGGAUGAAUCGCUGCGCGAAACUCGCGGUCUCCAUCGCUGAGGUUGGCGUGCGAAACCGCCGACCCGUGGUGGAAAUGCGGCGUCAACUCGGCACCACUUCUGCUCCUGUCAGUCUAUUAUCGAAAUUUAGCAAGCAAGCAGGAUUGGCAGUGGCUGUCGGAGGAGUUGCAGGAGGAUUGUUUGCCUUGAAUGAGUAUCGCAGGAGUCAUAAUCGGGCCGUGCUGUCGACGUAUGAUCAAGCGAUGUUCCGGAUGAAUGUCGCGGACGCUCCUUCCUUCAAGCCCACUUGGUCGGUGAACGAUGCAGUGGCGGGAAAUCCCCUGGAUGUGAAGAUCACGUUAUAUCAAUAUCAAACCUGUCCAUUUUGCUGCAAAGUUCGUGUGUUCAUGGACUAUUUUGGUCUUCCAUAUGACGUUGUAGAAGUUAACCCUGUGAUGAGAAAAGAACUUCGAUGGUCAAAACACUGGUCAAAAGUUCCGAUUGUUCUAGCUCAUCAAAAAGGGUCAGAUUCGGUGCAGCAAAUGAAUGACAGCUCAAUGAUCAUUUCUGCCUUGACGAGUCUAAUGUUGGAAAAGAAAGAAGGCCGUGAAAUAAGGACGAUUGAGGCAAUGGCAGAAACUUUUCCAUAUGUAGCAGAAGAGAAAAAUGGGAAAUUGGUUCAAGAAGUGAUGAACAAGUACUUCAUCAUGUUUGACGGAAUUCCCAUGGGCAAAACGAAAGAGGACUUGCAGGAAGAGAGAAUGUGGAGGAAAUGGGCGGAUGAGGUCUUGGUGCAUGUGCUAUCACCCAAUGUUUAUAGGACUUUUGAUGAAGCUUUGCAAGCUUUCAAUUGGUUUUCUGAGUGGGGUCACUGGCGGGAGAACUUUUCGAGCGAACGUUUUGUCGUAUACGUCGGCGCCACCGCCAUGUAUUUCAUCGGCAAGCGUCUCAAGCGCCGCCACGGGCUCAAGGACGACGUUCGGAUAUCCUUGUACGACGAAGCGCGUUUCUUCACGAGGCACUUGAAGCGGAAGAAGACGCCGUUUUUGGGCGGCGAUGCGCCCAACCUGGGUGAUCUUGCCAUUUACGGAGUCCUCACGGCAAUCGAAGGGUGCGACGCCUUCCGAGAUUUGCUCGCCAAUACCGACAUUGGGCCUUGGUAUGAGCGAAUGCGGGAUCAAGUGAUCAACCAUCGCGGGGCCGCCUUGUUGGCUUAAUUCGUGUUCUUAAUUUUUUUUGUUUUUUUUGGGUUCUUUGCCGAGAAGUGAGUGUUAUUUUCAAUCUCGUG